AUGAGUCCUAUUAAAACUGCAGUCCUUGGAACAGGCAUGUCUGCCUUUAUAUUCCAUUACCCUUUCUUGGAAACAUUGCCGGAAAAAUACGAAAUCUAUGCUGCCUGGGAGCGUCGUGCAACUCCUGAACACUCCAAAGCACGUAGCGCAUACCCCAACAUCAAAGUGUAUACUCAACUGAACGAUCUUUUGGCCGACUCGAACGUAGAGUUGGUGGUCGUAUCUCUUCCUCCCGACGCUCAUGUGGCCGCAGUUACUGCCGCGUUGAAUGCAGGAAAGCAUGUAAUUUGUGAAAAGCCAUUUACACCUACAUACGAAGAAGCAAAACAAUUGUUUGAGUUAGCCAAGUCCAAGAAUCUCUUGUUGGCGAUUUACCAAAAUCGUCGUUGGGAUGGUGACUUUUUAACCGCAAAAAGCGUUAUCGACAGCGGUCGCUUGGGUGACGUUGUUGAAUUUGAAUCUCACAUUGACCGUUUUCGUCUCUUCCGUAAGGGGAACUGGAAAGAUGUGCCCAGUCCAGGUUCUGGCUUAGUUUAUGAUUUGGGAGCUCAUUUAAUUGAUCAAGCAGUUUAUCUAUUUGGUGUUCCUGAAUCUGUGACCGGAAAAGUGUUAUGCCAACGUCAAAUUCCUCCUUUGGAAGUAGAAGACAAUUUUACCAUUGUUUUGCACUAUCCCGCCAAGGAAGGCAAGCUUCCCAUUGAGGUGAUCUUGCGCUCCAGUAGCGUUUCUUGUGGUGUCUCGUUCCGUUACUGCAUUAAAGGUACCCGAGGUACAUUCCUAAAAUUUGGCUCUGAUCCCCAAGAAAGCCAACUUAACAAGGGAAUGAAACCUUCAGAAGGAGGUUAUGGUCAAGAAUCAUCUGAAAACUAUGCCAAGCUAUGGACGGUUCCCAUUGACGCCGAUGUGAAAGCACUUCCUGACCCUGCUUUGAGUACCGUGCCUACCACUACCGGAAAUUACCGCGCAUUAUAUGAAGAAGUCUAUCAUACUUUGUCUGGCAAGUCUUCUGCUAUUUCCGUUCUUCCUGAGCAAGUCUUAACAGUGGAAAAGAUUAUUGAAGCUGCCUAUAAGAGUUCAAAAACUUCGUCUUCCGUAAAGAUUGCUUAA